AUCAAACUCCAUCAAACACUAGUUUAACCAGCAAGGGUGUCGUGUGCAUGCUUUAUUCAUCUGCCACACGAACAGCACGAUUCAAUCGAUCACCUUCAAUACUUCAAGGGGAUAAUGGUAUCACGGAUUGUGAGUUCAUAUACAGGCAAGUAGGGCGUCAUGAAGACCCUUUUACCGGGUGUAGUCCACAAGUUAGGGACUGCAAUCAAGGAUUUGGCGAAGAACAGAAGCUCGAGCUGGUGGUACACCCCUCACAUGGCCGCCGCCGCUCAUGCCAUUGCAGAGAGGAUUCCGCUGGUUGAUCUUGUGCUCGAAGUCCGAGAUGCUAGGAUCCCUUUGUCAUCAAAAUUCAAACUGCUGAAAAAAUGUUCAUCUUCCACGAGUCAAGUUAUAGUUUUGAACAAGACAGAUUUUGCCAGUAGGUCACAAGUGAAGGAAUGGAUGGAUCACUUUGAAGAACAAGAUAAUGUAGUGUUUGGAGUUAAUUCUCAUAAUAGAGAUAGCAUUAAGGAGUUCUUGAAUUUUCUGCAAUCCAGAGUAAGAGAACUAACAGAUAGUGGUCACCAUCAGCAUACUAUAACAUUAAUGCUUGUUGGUAUUCCUAAUGUUGGAAAAUCUGCACUUGCAAAUGGAUUGCAUCAGAUUGGGCGAAUUAGUGCAGCAGAGAAGGGAAGACUAAAGCAUGCUACCGUAAGUCCUCAUCCUGGAGAGACUAGAGAUAUUAGCAGCUUGAAGAUUGCUAGCCAUCCUAGUAUAUAUGUGCUGGACACGCCUGGUAUUUUGCCACCCCAUAUUCCUGAUGCUGAUGUCUGUUGCAAGCUUGCUCUAACAGGUGCCAUCCGCAAUUGUUUAGUUGGUGAAGUAGAGCUUGCUCAGUAUCUUCUAGGAAUUGUUAACACGAGUGAUGAAUUCAAGAAAUGGGCAAAGUUGGUUGCCAUUGAGAAAGAGACAGUCAUAGCAGCUGCUAACAAUGGCUGCUUUGACUCUAAGAAAACACAGAGAACGCGGCAAUAUUUGACAGAUCACACACAGGAUUUUAUUGUGAACAAUGUCCGGAAAACUUUGUUUGAUGCUAUUGCAUCUUUCAAUGGAGACCUGGGUGAUGAAGAAAGCUUGCUGCAACUCAUCAAAGUGGAGUUUGCUAAUUUGGGGGAAGCUUUUUAUUUGCCUUCUGAAUCAAGAGCUGAUUUGCACAAAAUUUCUGCUAAAAUACUGAAUCUAUACCGCACUGGAAGGCUUGGCCAUUACCCAUUAGACCUUGUUCCAAACAAACAGUAGCAGCGGCCGUUGUGGUGGUGGUACGGUGCAUCGUCGUCGGGGAUUCACACUUGUUAUUUGGCUUAAAUAUAUGUUUUACUUUCUC